AUGGUCUCCGACGAGACAUACGAGAUCUGCCUGCCAGUCCUCCAGGACUCGGCCAUAGAAGAGGAGGACAAGACAGACAGACUCGAAGAACUUUUGAAAAAGGAGACAUCUUUGACCGGUCAGUCCCUGGAGAACGCCGUGCUGGACGUGCUUUGGCGCUAUCGAGAAGGAGGUGGUAAUAACGCCUCCCCUCCCGCUAUCCGCCAGACGAUCCUCAGGAGACCUUCGCCAGCCUCGUUCAGGACCACGGCUACCCCUCUCUCCGGAUCACCCCGUCUUGGUGUGAGUCCGCUUGCACCUCCAGGCUUCGUUCCCUCAUUCAACCGCACCCUCUCCUCGGCCGCUUCCCCCUUUUCCUCUCCGCGUCCUUCGCCCCGGCUGGCAUUUUCGACACCAGCCAUACCUCACAGCCCCAACCUGAACGCCUACGAGUUUGCGAACGACCCAGAACCGUCGCAAGAAACAUUCGAGGACUACGCCUCUGAUAACGUGGACUGGCUUGUUGGGGAUGAUGCUGUCAGCAUCGCAUCAUCCUUUGGCACGUCCAGCGGUCUGAAUGCAAAUGCGCCCGAGUUCUCAUCGCAACAGACCCCCAUGAGACCGCACGACGUCCUGCGGUCGAUUCUUGGGGAGUCCAGAACGGACGAGGAGAUCAGCCAAGCAUUACUGGUUCAUGGCUAUGAUCUUGGGGCAGUGCUUAUAUCUAUGAUGGAUAACCAGGAUGCUUCAUCAGCGAGCGUUUCGACCGAGGGCAACGGCUACUUGGUUGGCAAGUCUAUGACUCCCGAUGCGCGCCCAACCACACCGGCCGAUCAGAGGUCCGGGGUCAUCUGCAAGUUCUACCUCGCAUCCGGCAGCUGUAUGCGGGCGGAUUGCCGCUUUAGCCAUGACUUGAGCAGCCACAUCUGCAAAUACUGGAUGUCGGGCAACUGCCUCGCCGGGGACACGUGUAUCUUCUCACAUGACCCAGCGCAUCUAAUGAACAAACUCAACGUUGACGGAACAGACACGCCGCCUGUGCAGAAGUCUCCAGCAAACAUCCAGAUCCAGGACUUUUCCAACUUCCCGUCUCUGGGGUCCGGGACGCCUGAUUCGAUUCCUGUUUUUACGCCUUCACUAGGUGUCACACCUCCACCUGGGUUCAAAAACAUCCACGGAAGUGAUCUUCGGCCUCGGUCUCGACCUAGCAGCCGCCACCAGCAGAAUAAGGAGAACGCUCAGGCAGCGCCUUCACUUGACGACAAUGAGGCUUUCCCGACUCUGGGUUCUGCUGCAGCCAAGCCUGGCAAGAAACAUCAUGGAAAGCGCGGCGGUCAUGGUCAUGGACCUAAGGAAGCGUACACUCCCAGCUCUCUUGCAGAUAUUGUGAAGAUGUCGCCAUCUCCAGGACCGACCUCCUCAAGGCCCGAUAGUAGGAAAAUGAGUCGUAACGGGAGCUCACAAGGAUCGAGAAACGGCGAGAACAGCGCCGCCGCUCAGGCCAUCCCAAGUCCCAAACACAUCCCCUGGCUAGAGACAGGUGACAGCUCCAACAAAGCGUAUCUCAAGGCCCGCCAAGAGGCCAUUCGGCAUAGCGCUCUUAGGAACAAGUUUUUGCAGAAUGCGGCACAGGCUUGGAACCGACAGGACGCCAGGCAGGCCAAGGUGUUCAGUCUACGUGGUCAAAGCGAGAACGAUCUGAUGAAGAAGGCACAUAGAGAAGCGGCAGAGAAGCUAUAUGAAGACCGCAACAAGAAGAGCUCGUCGAGCCCGGAGAUCUACGUGGAUCUGCACGGCUUGCACGCGGAUGAGGCUGUCGAGUAUCUCGAACGGGUGUUGCUGGAGAAUGAGCACGAAAGCCGGCCGAUUUACGCCAUCACAGGGACAGGGCAUCACAGUAAGAAUGGGAAGGACAAGGUGGGCAAAGCGGUGCGGGGUUUCUUGAACGAGUGGCGGUACGCAUUCCGAGAGUUCUCGGUGCCGGGCGACCGUAACAACAUGGGAGGCAUCCUGGGAGUAGACGCGCGGAGCUAUGACAGGUCGGCGUCGAGGGAGGGUGGCGCAAGCACGAGGAAAGAAGAGGUGGGCGAGGACUCGGUGGACAUCCUGUCGCAGGGGGUUGAGAUAGGGGACGGGAAGAUGAAGCUGUUGGUGAGGGAUACGACGAUUGGCAAAGAGCCACCUCGAGGACCUCGUGGCGGCCGAUGA